GCUUUUGGAUCUUCCAAAAUUUCGGCUGUAGGAUCCUUUAAAAAAGGGGUUUGUGCCUUCUCCACCUCUCCCUCCACUCUCUUUCUCUCUCUCUCUCUCUCUCUCUCCCACACAGUCCUUCCUCACACAGUGUCCUACUCUUCCUCCAAGAAAUUUCCCACGAAAUCUCAAGUAAAAGCAUCAAGGUUCGUGAAUCUACACAGUACCCAGUUAUAACCUUGUUUCCUUAACUGCUCUGAUAUAAUCACAGAGUUAUUUCCUUUCCCUCCUUGACCCGAUUAUAACACACUUUCUCAAACUAGAUUACCCCUCCACCCCUUUUAAUAAUCCCUCCUCUGUAAUCUGUCUUCCUACAGAGUCCUCUGUUCUUCCCCUCUCUCUCUCUCUCUCUCUCUCUCUCUCUCUUUCAAAAUCACUUUUUUUUGUGGUUUUCAAUGUGAGUGAUGGACGACAGUAUGAGUAUGCUAUGCCCGAUUAAAUACACCGAGCACAAAACCUUUACCAAGAAAUUCACAAAGCCAUCAACAAUAUCGAAGCCAAAAAACCCCUCCGAUGAGAGACGAAACAUACCGGAUUAUAAUAAAUCCGGUAUGCCGAGAGUUGUACGGAUUUCCGUAGCCGACCCCGACGCCACCGACUCGUCGAGUGGGGAAGAGGACGAACUGUUCGGCCGAAGGCGGGUGAAGAGGUACGUGAACGAGAUUAGCGUUGAGACUGAACGAAACAGAUCUUUUGCUUCGUCCAGUCAGGACGCUGAGGUUGUUCCAACAAGUAGUAGGAGAAAGAAAACAGUUGGAAACAGAGACGGUCUGAAGCCAAAACGGAAUAAUACGAAGGCGGCGCCGGUGAAGAUUGGGCAGAAGUACAGAGGCGUGAGGCAGCGGCCGUGGGGGAAAUUCGCGGCGGAGAUUCGGGACCCGACGAGGCGGGUGCGGCUGUGGCUGGGGACGUACGAGACGGCGGAGGAGGCCGCGAUCGUUUACGAUAACGCCGCGAUCAAGCUGCGUGGACCGGAUGCCCUGACGAAUUUCGUCAGGCCGCCGGGUAGGGAUAAACCGGAGAUCAACGUGACGUCGGUCUCCAGCUACGAGUCGGGAGAGGAGUCUAAUAACGUCAUAUCUUCUCCUACCUCGGUGCUGCGGUUCAGGACUCUUUCCAACGACGCUGAACCGGUUCGAGAAGCCACGACAAAAGACGCUACUACUAAUAAGGAUCGUCAACCGGUACAACGAGGCAAUGACGGCUGUGUACCGGUCGAGAAGACCGAACCAAUUGGACAAACGGUUGAAGAAGCUGUUCAUGAGUGUCGCAGUGAAACUAAUCCAUCACUAAAUGAAGGCGUUGAUUUUGUUAUCCCGAUGGACAUACCGUUCUUGGACGACUUCUUCUAUUUAGAACCGCCGGAACCGAUGCAUUUCGACGACGCACCGGUUCUUGCCGAAAGCCUCUUGUCGAGCGAGGGGCUUGACAUGUUGGUAGACCCGGUUGACGAUUUCGGUUCGUUAUCAUCGUGGCAGGUCGACGACUAUUUUCAAGACAUCGGCGGCGAUUAUUUCACCUCAGAUCCCCUCACGGCGCUUUGAGACGACUCCUCUGCUGCUUCCCAUUAGCAGCUGCUAGUAAUUUUUUGUAACUGCGGCGGCACAAUAUUGGUUAGAUUUUACAAGAGCAACAGUCGUUUAUUUAUUUAUGCGUUCACACAAAUUUCUAGUCCUUGACGUGGAAUGAGUGGAGUUUUGUAAUUUUUGGUUUUUUUUUUUGUCUUUUUCUUAAAUGUGUAAUAGAUGAGAAUAAGAUUGUGAUAUUCGCGUUCCCUCCUCUUCCGAGUAAAAUGAUACUCCUAUGGUUUAAUUUAACGUUG